AUGCAGAUAACAAGCAAUAAGAAAAGAAGUCAGGAAGAAAUAACAAGAGAAGCAGACAAAGAUAAGGUUGGGAAAAUAGCAUUACAAUUUCAAACCUUAGACAUUACAUCAAAUAGAAGACACAAAGGACAUAAAAAUCAAACCAAAAAAGAAAUCGUAGGUCAGCAGAAAGAAACAACAGGUGAAUUGAAGGAGAAGAAAUGCAAAACAGAUAAAGAAGCACCAAGAGACAAAAUUAUUAAGGAUGUGCAAAAAGAACUAGAAAGAGUAACAAAAGUGCUAGAAAAUUUUGAUGAAAAAAAAGAAGGAAAAGAGUAUACAGAAUUCAGCGAAAGAU